UCAUCAAGAGCACUGCAAAAGCACUCUAAAUUGGGGGGAAAAAAAAGCAUUACCAAACACCAAAUAAAUAUGUCUCUGAGUAACUCAUCAUCACUCAUUCUAAUAACUUUGAUAUUGGCCACAUCAGCCCUAGUCUCCGAGAGCCGGGUCGCAAGAAAAGACUUGGGUUUGGACCUCGGCGGGAUAGGGAUCGGUGUUGGUAUUGGCAUAGGUAUCGGUGGAGGUGGAUCCGGAUCCGGAGCUGGUGCAGGGUCUGGAUCCGGAGGAGGAGGGUCAAGCUCUUCUUCCUCAUCUAGCUCUAGUUCUUCUUCCAGCUCCGGUGGUGGAGGAGGUGAUGCAGGAUCCGAAGCUGGAUCCUACGCCGGAUCACGUGCCGGGUCUGGUUCGGGAGGACGUUCCGGGUCAGGCCGCGGAAGAGGAAGUGGAGGAGGAGGGGGUCACGGUGGAGGAGGUGGAGGAGGAGGGGGUAGAGGUGGAGGAGGUGGAUCCGGUAACGGAGGAGGGUACGGUGAAGGCGGUGGAUAUGGUGGAGGAUAUGGUGGUGGCGACGACUGAAUGAAGAAUAUUGCAUGCAUGCAAUAUCACAUCGUGCAAUAUUUUGUUUU